GCAGAGCGGAGCGUCCGCCAUAAUUAUUUUUGACCGUCGAGCUCGCAGGUCACGCACUCAGCCGCUCCUCAGCCGGUGCCUCUGCCUGUCCCCGAGAGACUGUCCGUCCCCGCGAAACCGAAGCGAGAUGGCGAUCAACAUACCGGGCCUGUUGGCCAUCGUAUUCUUCUACUUCAUCAUCCUGGUGGUGGGCAUCUGGGCGGGCCGCAAGAAAGAUGCGCCGCGUCGAGAUACUUUAUCAGUGAGCAUGGGCGAACAAUCCAACAUCAUGCUCGCCGGCAGAAACAUCGGCCUGUUCAUCGGCGUCUUUACUAUGACCGCGACCUGGGUUGGCGGCGGUUAUAUCAAUGGUACCGCCGAAGUGGUCUACCUCAGCGGGCUCGCGUGGUGCCAGGCUCCCUUCGGAUACGCCCUCAGCCUGCUCAUCGGCGGAUACCUGUUCGCGGUGAAGAUGAGGAAGGCCGGCUACAAGACAAUGCUGGACCCUUUCCAGCAGCACUUCGGCGCCCGCAUGGGCUGCUUGCUCUUCUUGCCGGCCCUUUGCGGCGAAGUGUUCUGGUCGGCCGCCAUCCUCGCCGCCCUCGGCGCCACCGUAGAGGUCAUCAUGGACUUCGAGCGCACAGAGUCGGUGAUCGCGUCGGCGUGCAUCGCCCUUUUCUACACGUUCACGGGCGGCCUCUACUCGGUCGCCUACACGGACGUCAUCCAGCUCCUCGCCAUCUUCGUCGGCCUGUGGCUGUCGGUGCCGUUCGCUAUGUUCCACGAGGCGGUCGGCCCGAUCUCCUACCCGAGGAACGACUUCGUGGGCAGCGUCGAGUGGAAGGACUUCGGCACCUACUGGGACUCCAUGCUGCUCCUCAUGAUGGGCGGCGUGCCCUGGCAGGUCUACUUCCAGCGGGUUCUCUCGAGCCGCACGGCCGAGGGUGCCGAGCUGCUGUCCUACAUGGCGGCGUUCGGCUGCCUGUUCAUGGCAAUCCCGCCCGUCAUCAUCGGCGCCGUCGCCAAGGCAGCGAACUUGACGCAGGCGGGCUACACGAAGGCCGUUCCACUGACGGGCGAUGCGACGUCGCUGACGUUGCCGCUGGUACUCCAGUACCUGACGCCCGGCUUCGUCUCCGCCAUGGGGCUGGGCGCCGUCUCCGCGGCGGUGAUGUCCUCUUCGGACUCUUCCAUCCUCAGCGCGGCCUCCAUGUUCGCCUGGAACAUCUACAAACUCGGCAUCAGGCAGAACGCCACGGAGAAGGAGGUGAUCGGCGUUAUGCGCGUCUCCAUUGUGCUGGUGGGCGCGCUGGCCACCUUCAUGGCGCUCACGGCCGACUCCAUCUACGGCCUGUGGUACCUCUCCUCGGACCUGGUGUACGUGAUCCUCUUCCCGCAGCUCGUGUGCGUGGUCUACCUCAAGGAGCACGUCAACACGUACGGCUCCUUCGCCGCCUACGUGGUCGGCUGUUUCCUGCGCGCGGGCGGCGGCGAGUCCAUUCUCAAGAUACCACCCUUCAUCAAGUAUCCCUUUUACGACUACGAGGACGGCGUGCAGCGCUUCCCGUUCCGCACCUUCUCCAUGCUCAUCAGCUUCCUCACCCUGGUGGCUGUGUCCGGCGUCAGCUCGUGGCUCUUCGCCGGUGGACGCGCGCCCCUCGACUGGGACGUGUUCGGCUGCUUUCAGCCCGACGCCAAGAUGCUCGACAAGGUGCCCUUGGUUGAUGGCGCGGAACUUAAGGCGCCUGCCGCUGUGGGCCCAGCGCCUGCUGCUCCCGAGCCUGUGCUCACGCCGAUCACGGCGGACACGUCUGCGAUUCCGGGCAGUAGUGCGUCGGCGUCCCAGAUUCCCAGCCGCACAUCGCAGCACUCAGCGGGAAUGACGUUCAAGGGUCAUGGUGCACCAGCGAAGGGUGACGUCAGCAAGGAACCGAGCGAUAUAUCGACCAGCAAGCGCAAGAAGCACCGGCGCACCAGCCAGGGGUCGCCCAUGUCGGCGCAAAGCGACACCUCGCAGCCGCUGCAACCGUCGGCCGCGCACGAGACCACAACCGAGGAGGAGCACCACUGAGUUGCCCUGGUGCCGCCGCAUUCGCUGCGAAUGGUCGUGGUGGCAAUGGUGGCAAUGAUAAAGACGAAAUGCGCUCGUCUCUUGGGAACCAGUUCGACUUUGGUAUUUAUUUAUGCACGGAGCCGAUCCUCUCUAACUCUUAACCACGCAUUGUAGUACACUUCCAGCGCAGUAGAGGUACAUUUCCAAGGGGAUGCACGCAAGUAGCUGAAAGAUAUGCGCAGUCGUAACACGUUCCAUAGAGGUGUCCGAAGGCAACCGAUGCGCGCACGAGACUGGCUAUGGUUAGGCCGCAUGUCCACAAAGUUAGUUUGUGCUGUGUAACGCGUUAGAGGCGCUGUCGUUCUCGCCGGCAGUGUUCCUGUUUGCAAGCGUCUGUGAUGCAUCUUUGUCUGGACACCCAGAAUAUGCUAAUUGUUCAGUGUUGACGAGGCGGGACAGAUUGAAAUUCGCUGCUUACUUUUUCGGGGCGUAGUUAUCGGGUGUGAACACUAUAGCACAUGGGAUGAGAACGACGGAUAUGCACGGAAGGAGGCGCGGCUGCUAGAAUUUUCAUUUGCAAAUAUUUACGGUGCUAGCGCAGCACAGAAAGCAGCAAUGGCUCAUGAACUAAGGACGUGUAAGUGGAACAAGACGAGUGAUGAAAUUAGGCUUUGUUGCCUGAUAACGUGCCCCGAGGCAGUUUGUUAUAGAAGUUAUCAAUUCACGUUUCAGUGAUAUGCAACGAUAAUUUUCUUAAUUUUCUAGUGCUGUGCGACAGGUUAUAUUCCAAUGUCGCACCUAAUUCCAAAUAUUCGAUUGUUCUUGGGCUUCAGACGUUCGCGACAGACAGUAUUCAUCUGCAUUUCAGGUUUCCACAUCCUUGAGAUAGAAGAUAUUCGCCUUUCCGUGUCACACACAUGUUCUUUAGCGAAUCAGUUAAAUGGUUCUAGGAAUCGCUUACGCCAUUUUCCACUGGAAUAAAGGCUUAUU